GAGAGCAAGGCAUGAAAAAAGGAACAAAUAAAAAUUAAAAAAUAUUGAAAUACUCUUAAAUUCUAACCAUUUCUCACAAAGCUUUGGAAGCUCUUACUCUGUGUUUUCUCUCAGAAACCCUUAAAAUUCCUCGUUUCUAUCAUUGCGAUCUCUCUAUUUCUGACUAUUUUUCAUUUUUUUAGGUAGGAAAAUGGGGAAUUUCUCGUUCUUUUUCUAAUUUUCUGUUUUUUUUGCUAUUUUUUCGGACGAUUUUUCAGUUUUUUAAUUCGACAAAAUUCGAAAAAAGAGGGAUUUUUUUGUUCUUUGGAGGGCGGAUUUAAUGACGGGGAUUUAGACUGUGCUGGAUUUUAUUGCAGGAUCUUGUCUUGGAAAUUGGAAAAUUAAAAAAAAUUCAUGUAAAUUAGGGUUCGUGAGGUGAUCUGAGUUUGUUCUUCUCCAGGUUUCUCAAGGAUUUUUGUCUUAAUUCUUGGUUUCUGUUCUGUGUUUUGCGUGGCUUUCAGUUCCAGGAUCCACUGCCUGCCUUCUCUGUGAAAGGCCGGGUUUGCGAGGUUUCCUAGUAGCAGAGCAUAUUCUUAGUGAAGUUGCUGUUUUGGGGAUUUUUUUUUCCAACUCAGCAGUCGUGAAUUGAGGUUUCGUAGUAGCAGAGGAAAUAUCGCAGCUCGGUUUGCUUGGCAUCCGAAGAAAUCUUGAGGACAAAAUUCUGUUGAUGGUCUAAGCAUUAAGUUGGUUAGAGAUUUGUUAUGGUUUCUGGGCAUACCUUAUUCUAUUUAUGAUGUCCGGAUCUGAACCGGGAAUCAUGUCGGGAAGAGAAUCGUUCGGGGUAGGUCUUCAGAAAAGUCCAGUGACUCCAGUCCCUUCUCAGGCCUCGGGAAUGCCCAACAUGAGAUUAGCUUUCAGUUCUGAUGGGACUGCGGUAUACAAACCUGUCACUGGAGGCACUCCGGCGUACCAAACCAGCGGUGGAGCUUCUACUGCUGGUGGACCUGGUGGUGGUGAUGGCUCUUCCAGUGCAGUGAUGCAGCACGGCCUUAAUAUGAACAUGGGAGAGCCCAUUAAGCGGAAAAGAGGGAGGCCCAGAAAAUAUGGUCCCGAUGGCACCAUGUCUCUUGCACUGACACCCGCUACUCCUGCUGUUCCUCCAAGCGGUGGGUUCUCUCCUUCGGCGGUCUCGCCGUCCUCAUCGUCAAUGAAGAAGGCAAGGGGCCGCCCACCAGGCUCGGGCAAGAAGCAGCAAAUGGCUGCUUUGGGUUCAGCAGGCAUUGGAUUUACACCACAUGUUAUCACAGUUAAAGCUGGAGAGGAUGUUUCUUCUAAAAUAAUGUCAUUUUCUCAACAUGGUCCACGGGCUGUUUGCAUUCUUUCCGCAAAUGGUGCUAUAUCUAAUGUAACACUGCGUCAAGCAGCAACUUCUGGCGGAACUGUAACUUAUGAGGGACGAUUUGAGAUAUUGUCACUUUCUGGUUCAUUUCUUCUCUCGGAGAGUGGUGGUCAGCGUAGCAGAACUGGUGGACUAAGUGUGUCCCUUGCUGGUCCAGAUGGUCGUGUUUUAGGUGGUGGUGUAGCUGGGCUGUUAACUGCAGCAUCCCCUGUCCAAGUGGUAGUUGGUAGUUUUAUUGCGGAAGGACGUAAGGAGUCUAAAUCAUUGAAUCAAUCAGAACCAUCAUCUGCUGCAACCAAACUUGGGCCAGCAGCCGCAGGAAGCCCGCCGUCAAGGGGUACACUGAGUGAGUCAUCUGGUGGGCCUGGAAGCCCACUGAACCAGAGCACAGGAGCAUGCAACAACAAUAGUACACAAGGAUUGGCAAACAUGCCAUGGAAGUAGAUGGGCAUUUGUAGAUGAGCAGCGUCUUUACCAGAACCAGACUGUACUACUAAUCACCAAGAAAGACUAGACUUUGUUUGUAAUUGAGAAAGCCCCCUUUGUGUUAACUUAAUGUAAAAUUGUAGGUGUGCUGACGAACAAGGAGGAAGGUUGGUUUCUUUGUAGCCAUAGAGGCCUUCCUCCCCUCACUACAAUAUAGGAGCCUAGCCCCUAGGAGGUGCCGUGGUGGUGUGAGACUAAUACUAGCUCUAGCCAUCCUUCCCCACCGGUUGGCGUUGUCUCUUAUUUGGGAAGUUGGAUCAGAGGUUUUCUUUUUUUUUUUUUUUUGGUUUUUGUUUUUGUGUUGAAUGAGGUCAUUGUUUUAGAAACAAAAGGUGGCUAUUAAAUUUUUUCUUCUAGGUAUUCUACGAAAGUUUUACUCUC